CGAGUCAUAAAUAAAGUCUGCAAAGCAUAAUACCGGACCCCGCUUUCAUUGCUUAAGUGUUUUUUUUAUUUAUCUUCAAAAUGUGAAAGUUGCAAAGGGAAAUCUUUUUGAUUGUCCAUGUAUUUGGAGAAGAAGAAUCUUUUGGCAUUUUGACAUGUCGGUCGUCACUUUACAACCACUGGCGGUUACAACUGGGCAGCUCCACAAUCGUCUAGCAGUGGUGACCUUUGGAGCUCUGCAAAUGUCAUUUGGGAUAUUGCUUGUUAUAUUAGAAGCCACAAGCUUCACAUGGUUUCUUCACGUGGAUCAUACAACUGUCAGGCGUCCCAGUACAGCAUUCGGCUCAGGAUUUUGGGCUGGUAGCUACUUCCUUGGCACCGGUAUAAGUGGUAUUCUCGCGGGACGCGUCAUACCGCCUCCACAAGGACCAAGGGUUCGUCGUGGCGUGCUGAUUACAUCAUUAGUGCUCAGCGUUCUGGGCCUAAUUCUUGCCGUGGCAAUGAGCGCAUUUUUUUGUAAACACUGUAAAUAUUUAGUACAUCCGGCGUGGGUCUUUUCGAGCUACCAUCUUGAUGCCGAUCAACUGUUUGUUCUACUUCACGCUACAUGCUACAUCGUUAUGGUGGUGGUCAAUUUGGGUCAGUCGAUGUCGACCAGUGUCAACCUCGGCAAAUUGCCUAAACAUGCUGCCGUAGUGACGUAUAUUAUGACCCAAAUGCCCAUUGGCUCUGAUCAACAGAUGACGACGACAGCGAUCCACGCAGACCACACUCAAGCAAAAACCAUGCCAAUCGUACCCACGGAUUUGGUUCCACCUCCCUACUCGCUAGCACAACAAAGCUACGUUCAACCUGCCGUUAAUUUGAAGUAGCCUAUUCGUACUUUCCAUCUGGAAUUAUUUCAGUGAUACAUAGUUUUGUUAUCGGUACGCAGUAGAUGAGCCUGAAAGAAGGCUAUGCAUACUAUGCAUAUACAUAUAUGAACACUUGGUGAAAGAAUAAUGGUUUUUUGUCUAUUGUAAAUUUGUAUCCGAUAUUGAUGGUUUUCUCCAAAUCUUGUAUUAUUUUUGAAGCGCACUGAGGCGCAGCUGUAACUAAUUUUAUAACGGUUUCGACGCAUUCUUAGCAUAUGUACUGUUAAUAGUAUA